AAGCAAUCCCCCCGUGUUAUGAAAGCAAAUACACGUGAGUUUGUAAACAACAGAGUGAGUGGAGGUGGAAGAGGAGAAGGUCGGUCAUCUCCGAGCUCAAUGAGGCUCCGCUACUUUCCGCUGGCAGUAUUUGCCAAUGUCCUGUGCCUGUGCCAAAGCUACACCCUGAGGAACUCGGUCUCCUGGGCUGUCUCCUCCAGCGAUGUGGUAGUGGAGGGGGAGCUGGACGCUAUAUCAGAGGAGGUCGCCCCGGCUCUGCUGGUGGACAACGCAGGCUUAUGGAAGCAGGCGUAUCCGUCGUCCAAGGUCCUUGGAGACGGAGUGGAGAGUCCCAAAGAGCUGGUGAAGUCCGACAGCGACAAUGUUGCUCCUCUUUCCUCUCGGCUGUUUUCAUAUCGCAUGGAGGAGGUGAAAAAGUCCAGCAACACCACUCCUCCCCCGCACCAGGAAACAGCAAGGACCGCCAGAUAUAUAGCUCACUACAGCGACUGGGGACACCUGGCCACCAUCUCUACACAGGACAAGAUCAAGGGUCUUCCCUUUGGGAACAUCUUCUCAGUCAGUGAUGGACCACUGGACAACAGCACUGGAGUAAUCUAUUUCUAUGUUACUCCAAUGGACAACACUGUGUCAGACCUGAAAAGUAACCCCUAUGCCUCGCUCACAUUCACAGAGGCUGAGGGAGAUUUCUGCAGGCAAAUGAUAUAUGAUCCAGAGGAUCCAAGAUGUGCACGACUCACAUUAACAGGCAAGAUGGUGGAGGUGGUCCCGGAGGAGCUGGAGUUUGCAAAGGAGGCUAUGUUCUCAAGACAUCCGGUGAUGAAAAAAUGGCCGGUGGGACACAAAUGGUUCUUCAUGAAGCUGGAGUUGAUCCAGGUCUGGCUGCAGGACUGGGUUGGAGGAGUGUCACUCAUUCCACUGGAGGACUACUUCAAAGCCACUCCCUUCUGAGAAUAUUCCUCCCUGUGCAUCAUUUCAAUCCGUAAAUACAGAUCAGUACAGCUGUCUACACAACAGAUGUCUCUUUCAUAUGGGGUGAAAUUCCCCAAAGCCUCAUUGUGCUAGGAAUAGUUCAAAAUCUCACUCCAUCAGUACCAUCAGCAUUGUAAUCUGUGUUUGUGAAUACCCUUUGCUGCCUACUCAUUGCUUUCUUUUAUGCCCUUCUACUUUGUUCUGCACUGUACAAUUGGCUUGACAUUCAGAAUCAGCUACUUGAGUUUCCUCCUGUACUUGGUCUGUGAAUGUAUUUAAAAUUAGUAAGCUUUUUGAGUCAUGGGUAUUCACAGGUGGCAUAAAAAACUGCAUAUUCAUGGCGUGUGUUUUUGAUGAAUAUGCAUGGAUCUUUUAUGCAUUUGGAUCAAAAUGGGUGCGCUGUUUAGAAAAAUAAAUGAAUGUGUGUGGGCAUACAAAACCAUAAUAUGCAUCUUGAAUGACAUCUUUGUCACACCCGUGGCGCUGAUGCUUGAAAUAUUUUUUAGGGGAACUGGGUUUGUUCAAUCCAGUCAGUGUUUAAACAGCAGGGAGCAAGGUUGAAUAGGACAGAGCUUCUCCUGAUUUAUUCAUGAGUGAACACACACAGCUGUGUCUAUGUAGCUGAGAUAGUAUUUAAGACAUGAAUGUAAACAAUCAGAGAUUGUUGUCAAUGAUUUAGCAGUUCCACACUGUUACUUUGUUGAUUUGUCCUGCCACUUAAGAUCUUAUUUUCAAUCUAGCACCUGGAAAUAAAUUGGAAAUUGUUAAUGUAAUGGCUGAAAAUUUAGGCAGUAGUCAGCACUGAUGUGGAAUUUCUGGAACUGUGGAAAAUUUGGAAAGGUAAAAGCAUACCUAUUUUAUGGUAUACAUACAAUUGCUCUAAUAAAGAAAUGCAUCUUUGUCUUUGA